AUGGCUAACGUACCUCCUCAUGGCGCCCUCCCACCUCUUGAACACCGAAAGCAAGAGCUCCUUCACAUGCCCUGGAUGGACCUUUUCAUGCGCACUCAUCCUGGUGUGCCACGAGAGCAACUUGGCGAUUUCUGCGCGGCACAGCAUGGGAGUCUCGAAAAGGCGGCGGAGUUGCUGACGAGAACCUACCAGAUGCAUGGAUCUUUGCCUGUUCCAGAGGGUGCUGAGCCGUCACCACGUUCAAAUCUACCUACAAUUAGGCGUCAACUUCGCCCCCAUGAGGAUACUCUCAUGCUGAACAUCAACGACCGCUACGCUCUCCGUCUCUGGGAAGGUGACCUCUUGCAAGCCUCCCUCUACUCCUUCGGUUUCUACGACAAGCAUCAAGGCCAGCCGAUUAACACACCUGCAGGAUAUAAAGUCUAUCUCAACGACAGAGGUUAUCCAGAGCAAGGAAGACGUGGGACCCUCCUUCGGUCCUUAGAGUGUUGUUAUCGGGUCCAAGAUGGCCCUGAUGGCUCUGAAACGUAUCUUGUCCGUGAGGGAAUGUCUAUCAGCGUGUGGAGAAACGCUGUGAGGGCUUCGACACACGAGAUUCCAUAUCGAGCACCGGUACAGGUUGGUAACGCAUGGCUUGCAGGGCUGAUUCACCCUUCUGCUGGGUAUCCAAUGUGGGACGUCAAUGUCUCCGGGAACAAGGUGGAGCAAUUUCAUUCUAUGAACGUCCUUAUCAGGAAGUAA